GACAGCAACGAUGAACCUGGCUGUCGAUGACAUGUGAAGGGAUUACGUCCACACCGGUAUCGCCUCUCACUCCCACAAACACACCGGGUCCACUCCCCAUUGUUAGCCAAGAAAAGACCAGGCGAUGGACGACAGUUGUCAGCCAGCGCCAUUGUUUACAUUCGGCCUGAUAGCCGACGUUCAGUACGCUGACAUGGACGACGGGCUCAAUUUCACCCAGACGAGAAGGCGAUACUACCGAAACAGUCUUGGGCUGCUGAGAAAAGCCCGAGAGAGCUGGUCUCACUCGGCCGCCCGUCCAAAAUUCAUCAUCCAGCUGGGGGACAUCAUCGACGGCUUUAACAAGGAUCGCGGCGCCUCUAGCCGAGCACUGGAGCAGGUCUUGGGAGAGUUCAGCCUCAGCCGCAUUGAGGUGCACCAUGUGUGGGGCAACCAUGAGUUCUAUAACUUCAGUCGAAGCGAGCUGUUGUGUUCCGAGCUGAACAGCUCCAUCCUUGCCGAUGCUAGCCUCAGUGGCACCCGGGCAGGGGGCGAUAUCUACGCCUACAGCUUCAGUCCCUUCCCCGGGUUCACGUUUGUGGUGCUGGACGCUUACGAUGUGAGCUUGCUUGGCGUGGAGGAGGACAGUCUGCAGUACCGCAGUGCUUUCAAUUUGAUAAAACGACACAACAGCAACGAGGAUCUCAACUCCCCCCCAGGGUUAUUUGGCGACCUCAAGCAGAGGUUCACAAAGUUCAAUGGUGGUUUCAGUAAGGCCCAGCUGGACUGGCUCGAUUCUGUUCUGUUCUCGGCCGACAAGAAACGAGAGAAAGUCACCAUUGUCAGUCAUCUCCCAGUCCAUCCGUUCUCCACAACCCCCAUGUGCCUGGCGUGGAACUUCGAUGAGCUCCUGUCCACAAUACAGUCCCACAGUAGUGUGGCGUGUUUCAUAGCCGGACAUGAUCAUGAUGGUGGAUAUUGCCUGGAUAAAAGCACAGGCGUUCACCACCUUACGCUGGAGGGGGUCAUCGAAACGCCACCAGACAGCAACGCCUUUGGAACUGUCUCAGUGUACGAAGACAGGAUGGUCUUGAAGGGGGUUGGGAGGAUUCCAGAUAUAGACAUUUUGUUUAUGAGGCAAUGACAACCAAAGAUUAUGAAACUUUUUAUUUACUAUGUACUGUAAGCCAUCAUUUUGUACAUAUAAUAGUUAUGGAAUGGAUGUAAAGUUAUAAGAUCAAAGUUUGAUUAUGAGUAAAAUGAAUCUUUAAAACAAACAUUGGAAAACUGCACAUGAAUUAUUUUGCACUGAAUUGAAUACAUUUUAACAGACUUCCAACGUAUUGGCGAACAAAUAUUGUAUGAGGAAAAAAACACUUGUGAGGUGUUCAGCAGGGCAUAUGUUCGUAACAUUUAUUGCACUUUUAUGUUUACUGGCAAGAGCUGGUAAAUUAUGAAUGUAGUGUAUACCAUUUAGAUUUGCAGGUAAAUGACACAGUUUGCAAACAUUUUAUUCAUUUUAUUAUUUUAAAAUCACUAUUACAUGUGUUGCUUAUGGCAAAUACCACAUCUCAAUUAGAGCUAAUCACCCUGCAAAUGCAGAUCACUGAAAAAAAAUGUGAAGUAGGGCAGUAAAUACAUUUGUGUCAGCAGUUGUACAGAUACAUUUGUGUCGAUGCAUUGGUGAUAGAUGGACAAUUUGUCACAAAACAUGUACUUGAAGAAAAUACUUGCUUGAAGAUAA